UGGGUGUUCGGGAACCCGUUAGAUUUAGGAACCCCCGGGCAACAAACUGGGAACUCUAUAGAGAGGAACUCGCUUAGCGCCUAGGGGGUUUACCAAGGAAACACCGCACAAUGGAGGAGAUUGACGAGGCCGCCGACCGAGUCAGCUCCGCUAUGAUGCGGGCGUUCGAGAAUAGUUGCCCUGAGACAGAGGAGCAUAGGGCGGGAAGGACUCCUUGGUGGAGCUCUUCCCUGGAGCGUCUCAGGAGGAAAGUGCGGAGGCUGUUCAAUACAGCGAGGAGCAGCAGCCAAGAUGCGGACUGGGAUCUCUAUAGGGAGGUCCGCAGACAGUACAAAAAAGAACUACGGGCAUCACAGAGGAGGGCCUGGAGGGGCUACUGCGACGGAGUAAUGAAUACCCCGGACGCGGCUAGGCUCCUUAGGGUACUCAGAAGUGACCCUGCGGGAAGACUGGGGGUGGUCCGCAGGACCGGCGGUGGCUACACAGCGGGACCAGCGGACACACUACAACAGUUGCUGAACACGCACUUCCCAGGGUCCGCUGAUCCGGACACAAGGGGGAAUAUUUAAGCCGGGGGUCGUCUUGGAUGCGACUACGCCACGGCAAGAAGGGUGGUUACCCAUAGUAGGCUGAGGUGGGCUAUUGACAGCUUUGGCCCCUUUAAGUCGGCGGGCGGGGAUGGAGUAUUUCCGGCUCUGCUGCAAAGGGACGGAGGUCUCCUGACCAGCCCGCUGAUGGACCUAUUCAGGGCCUCCAUUGCGAGGGGGUACGUGCCCGAGCUGUGGAGACACAGCAGGGUAGUAUUCAUUCUCAAGCUUCAUUAUGAAGACUCUGGAGAGACUGGUGGUAUCUGAGGGACUGGGUGGAGCUGGAGGCCCCUUUAGAGUCAGCUCAGCAUGCGUACCGAAGUGGCGGGUCUGUGGGCUCAGCUCUUCACCAUCUGACUUCCAGGU